GAAGUCCGAUCACUGACGUCAACCGCGCGUUUCUCACAUUUCUCAUUCGUUGCUGCUCGUUUCCAAUUGUGUGAUUUGCAAAUUCCGCCGAUCUGCCUAUAUUUUUUCAACUGAUUGUGUGUGAUCUUGUGAAAUAGCGCGAGGAAUUCGGAAUAAAAAUUCAAUAACCUUAUAUUUAACACUUUGUGCAGUCCGAUAAACCCACAAACAAAAAUAUGGAGAUAAAUGAGACGAAUUUGCAACAAUUAGCCGGCUACUUGCAGCAGACGCUCAGCCCCGAUCCAAAUGUGCGAAGACCAGCUGAAAAAUUGUUAGAAUCAAUUGAGGUGCAGCGUAAUUAUGCUGUGCUUUUGUUGAAUCUCAUCGACAAGCAGGAAGUGGAUAUGACCAUACGUGUUGCCGGAGCCAUUGCAUUUAAAAAUUAUGUGAAACGUAAUUGGGCAGCGCAUGAGGACACAGACGGCCCAGAUAAGAUACAUCAAGAUGAUCGUAACGCAAUUAAAACGCUCAUCGUUACGCUGAUGUUGCGUUCGCCGUCGGCAUUGCAAAAACAACUCAGCGAUGCGGUAAGCAUUAUAGGCAAGCAUGAUUUUCCAAAGAAAUGGCCACAGCUCAUCGAUGAGAUGGUGGAAAAGUUUGCCACCGGUGAUUUUAAUAUUAUUAAUGGCGUUUUACAAACGGCCCAUUCCCUAUUCAAGCGCUAUCGCUACGAAUUUAAAUCUCAGAGCUUGUGGGAAGAAAUCAAAUUGGUUUUGGAUCGCAUGGCCAAACCUUUGACCGAUUUAUUGCUUGCCACCAUGCAGUUGGCCAAAGUGCAUGAAAACAAUACGGAAGCGCUGAAGGUUAUUUAUGGCUCUUUGGUGUUGGUGUGCAAAGUAUUUUUCUCGCUAAAUUCGCAAGAUUUGCCAGAAUUCUUUGAAGAUAAUAUGCCCACCUGGAUGAAGGCAUUCCAUGAGUUAUUGACGGUCGAUUUGCCCUGUUUGCAUACGGGCGAUGAUGAAGAUGCGGGCGUAUUGGAGCAUUUGCGUUCACAAAUCUGUGAGAAUAUCGGUUUGUAUGCGCAAAAGUACGAUGAGGAGUUCGGCUCCUAUAUGCAAACAUUUGUAACUGCUGUGUGGGAAUUGUUGGUGAAGACCGGUAAUCAGACUAAAUAUGAUGCGCUCGUGUCAAAUGCUUUGCAAUUUCUCUCAGUGGUCGCUGAGCGCAACCAUUAUCGCAAAAUAUUCGAAAAUCCCGAAAUACUUGCCAAUAUUUGUGAGAAAGUGGUCAUACCCAAUUUGGAUUUCCGUCAAUCCGAUGAAGAGUUAUUCGAAGACAGCCCCGAAGAGUAUAUACGCCGGGAUAUUGAAGGCUCUGACAUAGAUACACGCCGCCGCGCGGCUUGUGAUCUCGUAAAGACAUUAAGUCAGAAUUUCGAGGCAAAAAUAUUUGCAAUAUUCGGGCAAUAUUUGGAAAUACUGCUUGGCAAGUACAAAGAGAAUCCACUCGCUAAUUGGCGCGCCAAGGAUACGGCGAUUUAUUUGGUUACAUCACUGGCUUCACGUGGCGGCACACAGAAACAUGGCAUUACACAUGCAUCAGAAUUGGUACCGCUGCCACAAUUUUGUGCACAGCACAUUGUGCCAGAGUUGGAGCGUCCAAACAUCAAUGAGCUACCGGUUCUGAAGUCUGCUGCUAUCAAAUUUGUCAUGGUUUUCCGUAGUCUUUUGGGUCCGCAGACACUGCUCGCUUGCAUUCCACACUUAAUACGCCACCUGCCGGCGGAGAGCGUUGUGGUGCACAGUUAUGCAGCUUGUGCAAUCGAAAAGAUAUUAGUAAUGCGUGAUAGUAAUCAACAGUUGAUUAUUGGCGCUCAGCAUUUGGCGCCGUUUACAAAUGAUUUGCUUGGCAGCCUCUUUGGCACAUUGGCAUUGCAGGGUUCAAGUGAAAACGAAUAUGUGAUGAAAGCUAUUAUGCGCAGCUUUUCAACAUUGCAGGAAGCCACCAUGCCGUAUAUGGCUGUGGCUUUGCCGCGCUUAACUGAAAUUCUAACUUUAGUGGCGAAAAAUCCAUCACGCCCGCAUUUCAAUCACUAUCUCUUCGAAACGCUUUCUUUGGCCGUAAAAAUUGUUUGCAAAACAGAACCCGCCGCUGUUAGUUCCUUUGAGGAAGCUCUGUUUCCCGUAUUCCAAGGCAUUUUGCAGCAAGAUAUUUUGGAAUUCAUGCCCUACGUUUUCCAAAUGCUAUCGUUGUUACUGGAAAUACGCGAAGGCAGCGGCUCUAUACCAGACCCGUACUGGGCGCUCUUUCCCUGCCUGUUAGUACCUGCACUGUGGGAUCGCCCAGGCAAUGUUACGCCGCUUAUACGGCUUAUAACAGCAUUUAUCAGGCAAGGCGCUGCCCAAAUAGUUGCGUUAGGCAAAUUGAAUGCGGUGUUAGGUAUUUUCCAGAAAAUGAUUGCCUCCAAAUCGAAUGAUCAUGAGGGAUUCUAUCUCAUGCAAAAUUUGCUUGCCUACUACCCCACCGCCGAUUUACAGCCUAAUAUGCGUCAGAUAUUCGCUUUGCUAUUCCAGCGUCUUUCGCUGUCGAAGACCACCAAAUACGUGCGCGGCAUUAUAGUUUUCCUUUGCUACUACACCGCAAAGUUGGGCGCACCCGCUUUGGUUGAGCUGAUCGAUCAAAUACAGGCGAAUAUGUUUGGCAUGGUUGUCGAACGUGUCUUCAUACCGGACAUGGCCAAGGUGUCAUCGGAGAUGGAUCGUAAAAUAGUAGCUGUGGGUGUUGCCAAAAUACUCACAGAAUGUCCUCCAAUGCUAACGCCACCCUACGUGCAACGUUGGUCACCGUUAUUGCAAGCGUUAGUUGAACUCUUCGAGCUGCCGCCCGAUCAAACUACAUUGGAUGGCGAUCAUUUCGUGGAAGUUGACGAUGCACCAGGCUAUCAGGCCGCUUUUUCACAGCUCAGCUAUGCUCAGCCGAAAUCACAAGAUUUCCUUGCCCAAAUUACGGAUGGCCGGAAGUACUUGGCCGAAUCAUUGGCAAAAUUGGCACAAGCACGUCCGGGUGAAGUGCCCACUUUGGUGGCUGCCAUUGGCGAUAAUCACAAGCAGGCACUGCAGAAGUACUGCGAUCAGGCGGGUGUGCGUAUAGUUUAGAUGAAAUGCGAGCGGAAAAAAAUCGCUGAUUACGAUUAAAUACAUACAUACAUACAUACUAAAGUUAAACUCUAGCAUGGCUCUUGAUUAGCAGCCAGUCAUAUAGACUUAAAUUUUUCUACAACAACGCUCGAACGGGCGAGCGUGCAAUUGUCUGUGGCGUGGAAACGGUAGACAUUGCUAUUUUUUUUCUUUUUUUUGUUAUGCUUCGUUUUAAGUGUGCUGUUUAUACACAAAAUUCUAUUAUCAGUUUUUGUCUUAAUGUGUGCACUCCU